GGAGACCAUGUGUUCUUACCUCAGGCUGCACAGCAGAAACACGGAAAGGAGUUGAACGACUCGGAAGGGAAUUGGGCGAUGGUGGCCGAGAAGGGUCCAACCUUAUGGGCUUGCGCUGCGCCUCCCGGAGCAGUGCGCGUGCGUACUGUGCUGGUCUCCAUGGCGGGGCCUCGGAGCCAAGACGAGAGAACAUGCUACCGUGAAGACAUAGUCACAGUUUUCACAUGAACAAAGCUGGCACUAUCAUAAUUUAGUUCCCCAAAGAAAGACCAUCAGUGAACAUAAAAGGACAUUAUUGAGGCUAAGAGGAUGUAGGAACCUGAAACCUGAGCCACUGCCUAAAGGUAUGGUGAGGUCAGCAGAUGAAGAAACGAUUGCCAUUGAAAGGAUAGCUUAUUAUUCAGAGUUCUCUAAAGGAGUGGAGGAUGCUGCACCACAAAGAGACACGUAACAAGCUGUUAACUAAUAGGAGAAAAUGAAACUGAAGAUGAAGGCAGCAUGGAACCGUGCCGUACAGUAGGGUUCAGCUGUAGUGAUGAAGAGGCCAAAAGAGAAACUCAGGAGUCUGAGCGUCUAACCUGUAUGGACUCUGGGGAUCCUUCCUUUGGACAAAAUGACUCCCCUACCAUUUUGCCCAUUACUGCUCCUGAAACAGAUGAUUCGCUCACAUCACAGGACAUGCCAGAGACUCUGACUGACACACAGACCCUUCAUGCAGAGCAAUUUCACCUGUUGGACCCAAAUGGGCAGCCUGUUCAAUAUGACCUGCAGUCGUUGGGAGUGUCUAGUGCACAAAUGACAGGAAUGGCACAAGUGAUUAUACCUCAGGAGCCGCUUGUGGAUGUGAAUAGUCCUCAAGAUGCCUCUGAAGAGAAACCCACUGACAGAGGCUCACCAUCUCUAAAAACAGAUACCCUAGAAGCCAGUGCCAAUUACAUUCUUCGUUCACAAGCAUCCCUUGUGAUACCCAAAAAGCCAGGGACCAGAAUGCUUGAAGAACCUUUGCUGGCUCCUCUUCAGCCACUUUCUUCUAACACACCUAUAUGGGCCUGCCGUCUUAGGAGUUGUGAGAAAAUUGGAGAUUCUUACCGUGGCUACUGUGUCAGUGAGACUGAAUUAGAAAGCAUCCUAACUUUUCACAAGCAGCAAACACAGAGUGUCUGGGGUACUCGCCAGUCUCCCAGCCCAGCCAAACCUGCCACACGCUUGAUGUGGAAGUCCCAGUAUGUCCCAUACGACGGAAUCCCAUUUGUCAAUGCAGGUAGUCGGGCUGUGGUAAUGGAGUGUCAGUAUGGACCAAGGAGGAAAGGUUUCCAGUUAAAAAGAAUUGGUGAGCAAGAAAGUAGGUCCUGUCAUCUCUACAAAGCUACUUGUCCAGCCAGGAUUUACAUUAAAAAGGUACAGAAGUUCCCUGAAUAUAGAGUACCUACAGACCCCCAAAUUGACAGGAAAGUCAUCAGAAUGGAGCAGGAGAAAGCCUUCACCAUGCUAAAGAAGAACUUGGUAGACGCUGGUGGCGUUCUUCGAUGGUAUGUGCAGUUACCUACACAGCAAGCUCAUCAGUAUCAUGACUUAGAGACUCGUGGCCUCCCUCUGUCACCAUCUCCUUUUCGUGUGUCUCCUCUUGACGAAGAAGAAACUGUAGUCAGAGAUGAGAAUUGUGCGUUGCCCUCGCGCCUCCACCCACAAGUAGCGCAUAAGAUUCAGGAAUUAGUGUCACAGGGAGUAGGACAAGUGUAUGCAGUGAGGAAGCAGCUAAGGAAAUUUGUGGAAAGAGAACUGUUCAAACCUGAUGAGAUACCUGAAAGACAUAAUUUAUCAUUUUUUCCAACUGUAAAUGAUAUAAAGAAUCAUAUCCAUGAGGUACAGAAAUCCUUGAGGACUGGAGAUGUGGUCUGUAACUCAGAGACUAUUCCAGCAACGCUUCAGUGGACUACAGAUAGUGGGACUAUUCUCAGAGAGACUGUAACAGUUACAUUUGCAGAAGGAAAUUCACUAGGAGAACCAGUUACCAGCAAGGUGGGGGCAAGUCGGACACGGCCUUCUUUGUCUCCAGAGCCAUUUCACUUGCUCUCCCCACUUUCUUCAUUUCAGCCCAAAAUCUUCUCACACUCACAGGGUCUAAAGUUGCAGCCAAGACUCUCCCCUCCUGAUGGAUCCCAAGCUCGGAUGUCAGAAAACAGCCAUCCAUCUUCCAGUCCUUCAAGAUUUGUGGAUACAGCUGGAAAUAUUGUGGUGAAUAGUCAUUCUCUAUUGCAUGGUCAGAGUCACAGCCUUCCAGCAGAUACAUGCCCUACACAAAAUAACAGUGCUGCUACCAUGGGAAGUCUCCCAGAAUCAGUUCAAAAUCUCGUUGUAAUGAAUCAGCUGGUGGACGUUGAAGAUGUUGAGGAUACAGGAAAUCUGGAAGGAAAUGUAAAUAGGAUUCUGUUGGGAGAUGUGCAAACCGUUCCAAUACAAAUCAUAGACAGCCAUCCAACUCUUAUUGAAGAAAGUCUAGAAGAUACUCUGUCUGUGAAUCAAGUUAAACAAGAACCCAAAGAAGCAACACUGUCUAUAGGAGCAAAAACUUUUCUGGACUGUAAAAAUGUAUCUGCUACAUAAAAUUUUUAAAGCUUUUCAAAAUUUACAACUCUGGUCCCUUCUGAUGUCUUAGAAGGUGAAGAUUGCCAGGGUGUGUCACUGGUCAAUCACUGGACUGGAACUGAAUGAUGGGCAGCUUUGACUUAAAACUUGAAUAUUUGUUGUCAAUUCCAUAUUUGUAUUUUCCUUAAGAAAUAUUUUACUUUA